AUGCAGAGAGGAGGAGAAGAGAAGAAAGGAUCAGAUUUGACACAUCAAAGAGAAACACCAGACUCAGAGGAACCAGAGCCAGGGACGUCCAAACCAGCAAGACGACUCCAGUGCUCCCCGUGUGAAAAGAGUUUUAAACAGAAAGCACAACUGAAAACACAUAAGAGAAUACACACAGGGGAGAGGCCUUACCACUGCUCCCAGUGUGGAAAGGGUUUCAACCAGCCAGGGGUGCUGAAACAACAUGAGAUAAUACACACAGGAGAGAAGCCUUACCACUGCUCCCAAUGUGGAAUGUGUUUCGCCCGUUCGGGGACGCUGAAGCAACAUGAGAUAAUACACACAGGAGAGAAGCCUUACCACUGCUCCCAAUGUGGAAUGUGUUUCGUCCGUUCGGGGACGCUGAGACAACAUGAGAGAAUACACACAGGAGAGAAGCCUUACCGCUGCUCCCAAUGUGGAAAGUGUUUUGACGGUUUGGGGGAGCUGAAACAACACGAGAGAAUACACACAGGAGAGAAGCCUUACCACUGCUCCCAAUGUGGAAAGUGUUUCUCCUGGUCGGGGUUGCUGAAACAACACGAGAAAAUACACACAGGAGAGAAGCCUUACCACUGCUCCCAGUGUGGAAAGUGUUUUAACCAGAGAGGACACCUGAAACGUCAUGAGAGAAUACACACUGGGCAGAAGCCUUACCACUGCUCCCAGUGUGGAAAGGGUUUCAACCAGCCGGGGGCGCUGAAAACUCACGAGAGAAUACACACAGGAGAGAAGCCUUACCACUGCUCCCAGUGUGGCAAGGGUUUCAACCAGCCGGGGGCGCGGAAAGAACAUGAGAGAAUACACACAGGAGAGAAGCCUUACCACUGCUCCCAGUGUGGGAAGUGUUUCAACCAUUCAGGGACGCUGAAACAGCACGAAAGAAUACACACAGGAGAGAAGCCUUACCACUGCUCCCAAUGUGGAAAGUGUUUCGUCCGUUCGGGGGAGCUGAAACGGCAUGAGAGAAUACACACAGGAUAGAAGCCUUACCACUGCUCGCAAUGUGGAACGUGUUUCGACCGGUCGGGGAAUCUGAAACAAUAUGAGAGAAUACACACACACAAAAAAAGCUCAGACUGUGGGAAAACAUAUUACUCAUAAGUCACUUAAACGUCAUUAGAGAAUACACAGGAGAGAGAAAUUACUUCUCUUAGCGUGUAUGUUGAUAUUUCACAUCACAUUGACUUAAAAUUCAUCAGAGAACAUACACAGUGCUCCCGUUGUCUUAUAUUGUUGACUGACAAUGUGUUUACCUGUCUUUACCAGAUGAAAUUAAAUGGUACAGGGUAUACUCAAACAUAUAUUUGUUUUUAUUAGAAAACAUGAAUUGAAUAUGGAGUCUGUCAGUUUGAAUAUAAAGAAGAUCAGGUUACUUCUUUUAAACGGUCCUUUUUUAAAACUCUGACUGUGUGUUUAUCUGGGUGUGUCAUUCCUCCAGCACUACAGAUAAUCAAGUGAUAUUUGGAUGUGAUGCAUUAGUUCCAUUGUUGACAUCUGCAUUGUUGGCCCACUGAUGAUUUAAUGAAAUGAAACUGUUCAGACUCUGUAAUGGAAAAUGUUAAUUGUUUGUGUGUCCACAACUGAGUAUGUGACUAACCUUGUGAAACUGUCCUAUUAUAAUCUUCUGUUCUUGGGAGUAUCAUCCUGUGUUGCAAACCAAUUUACACCUGUGUCCUUGUAUGAAUAAAGUCCCUCCCAGGAACAGGAAACUAUAAAGAUAUUUGCUAGUCACUCAAGGCUUCAGGAAUUCAGACUGUCUACACUGCGCUGUGUAACUCUGUUAUUCUCUCUGAGCUCAGAAAUAAAGAAUCUUGGUUUGA